CCCACCCCGCUCCGUUCCGUCCCAUUCAACUGGGUAUGAGAGCGGGACAAAUCAAAAAAAUAUUAGAAUUCAUCCCAUACUUUCCCCCUUGCCAUCACUAUAUGUAAAAUUCUAGUAACUGUCAAAUUAUUUUCUUUAAUAGUAAGAGAUCUACGCAAAACCCUCACCUUUGAUCUUGACCUACUGUUUCUUUAUUAGCUCGAUUUCUCUCUCUCUCAAACUUUCCAAUGGCAGUGCCGGUGGUUUGGUUUCCGAUAUUGCCGGUCGUGAGGAUAAUCGGAAUCGCAGUAACGGCGUUGGUUUUAACCUGGACUGUGCAUUUCAGAGGAGGCUUGGCUCUAAUUUCCGAUAACAAAGAUCUAAUUUUCAAUGUCCAUCCUGUUUUAAUGGUGAUUAGCCUUGUACUUCUGAAUGGUGAAGCCAUGCUGGCCUACAAGACUGUCUCAGGAACAAAAAACUUCAAAAAAUCAGUUCAUCUGUGUUUGCAAUUCUUGUCGUUCUGUUUGAGCGUUAUUGGAGUUUGGGCUGCUUUGAAGUUUCACAAUGACAAGGGUAUUGACAAUUUCUAUAGUCUUCACUCAUGGCUCGGCUUAUCCUGCCUUUUCUUGUUCGGAAUCCAGUGGGCUGCUGGAUUUGUUACCUUUUGGUAUCCCGGCGGUUCGAGGAACAGCAGAGCUAGUCUGUUGCCUUGGCACGUAUUUUUUGGUGUUUAUAUUUAUGCUCUAGCUAUCGCUACUUGCACCACUGGUAUUUUAGAGAAAGCGACAUUUCUUCAAACAAACAACAUAAUAUCACGCUAUUCGUCCGAAGCGUUGUUGGUGAACUCUCUUGGUAUAUUGAUAGUUGUUUUGGGUGGUUUUGUUAUUCUUGCUGUUGUCUCUCCUGUAUAUGGCAAAGGUGACAUUAUAAGAGGAUCUAUAGAAUAGUCUCAUUCUUGCAGUGAGAGAGGUGUGACAAGACUGAAGUCAAUAAAUUUUCAUUUACUGCCAGAUUUAUAGAAAGAUCGGAUGUAAUUUUUGAGUUUUUAUGAAGUUUAAACUCUAAUGCUUUUGUUA